UUUAUAAAGAUAGUAACACAAAGGUCCUAAUCACGAAUCCAAAGUCCCUGACUGAACUUGCAAACAGCAUAUGCAUUAGCAGCACGGUUUGUGUAAACCGUGCAAGGUGCACAGUGCUCAACUCUGGCUGGGACGACAGCUAGCUGGAGCUUUGAUCAGUUGUCCCUGGAUCAACUGAAAAGGCGUGUAGACCUAGGGCUGACUCCCAGCUGGAACAAUGUCUGGUGCGGAUAGGUGGUAUGAAUACGUCGUGGUCGGUUGCGGGGGUAUCGGCAGCAGUGCCGUGUACUGGCUGGCUAAGCGAGCUGGCCAAAACGUACUAGGUCUGGAGCAGUUCAAGUUGGGUCACGACCACGGCGGUUCACAGGACCAUUCACGAAUCAUCCGUCUGUCGUACAGUGACCCGCUGUACACCAAGCUAGCAGCGGGGGCAUACGCCUGUUGGGACGAGGUUGAAAAGGAAUCUGGACUGCAGUUGGUCUACAAGACUGGCGGCAUCAACUUCAGUCGACGGGGAGGCCUGGCGGAGAAGAUAGUGGAUCGCUAUGCCGAGUCCAUGCAAGAGAAUGACAUCGAGUUCGAAAAUCUGGACGGUUUGCGACUCCACGAGCGCUUCCCGCAGUUCAGCGCCAGCGACAACUACCGGGCCGUCUAUCAGAAAGACAGCGGGCUGGUGGACGCGGCGCUGGCUAACGCCGUGCACACGCAGCUAGCUCGCAAACACGGAGCCACCAUACUCGAGGAGACCAAAGUCGAACGGUUCGAGAAAACCAAAGAUGGAUCCUACCGGGUAUUUACCAACCGAGGCACCUUCCGAUGUAGGCGUUUAAUCAUCACGGCCGGGGCUUGGCUGAAGGGCGUGUUGUCGUCGGUCGGUGUUCAGCUUCCACUCACGGUCACCCAGGAGCAGGUACUCUACCUCGCCACACCAAACAUCAGCGAGUUUACUAAGAGCAGAUACCCCAUUUGGAUCUAUCACACGGAUAAUGGCGACUUCUACGGCAUGCCCAUACACGGCAAUUCAGGCGUCAAGAUUGGCGUGGACGUCGGAGGUGAUCAUGUGACGGUAGAGACGCGGACCUACAUCCCGAACCAGACGCGUCUCCAGCAGUGCCUUGACUUCUCCCGGGAACACAUACCCGGGUCUUUGGGCCCGAUUCUCUACGCGAAAACCUGUCUGUACACCAUGCCACCGGACCGCCACUUUGUGAUUGACACGUGCCAUCGAACCAAUCACCCGGACGCUAUCGUGUGCUGUGGAGCUGGACACGCCUUCAAGUUCGCCAGUGUGCUUGGUCGGGUCCUGAGCGAGCUCUCCAUCGACGGACGAACCGAGUACGACAUCUCGGCCUUUAAUCUGGGCCGGCCCGCCCUGCAUGAUCCCAGCUUCAAGCCACUCUUCCAGCUCGGCAUCACCAAGCUCCAGGAAGCGAAGUUGUAGAGAGAAAGGAACUUACCCCUCCCGCCCCGUGCCUUAAAUCUCUUUUCACACUCGGCCUUGCAACCGGCGUUCCCAUGGUGUCACACACGCUGAUUUAAAGCUUAGCCAGAAACCAGACUAUUCCUAAUUUGCAUUAUGAGGCUCAUGAAUCCCAAACUUUUGGACUAAUAAAUGAACCAAUACCAGAGUGAGUACGCUCUCACUACUACCUGCUCUCUCACCCUGGUAUUGGAUAAUUCGCGUAUCCAAAAGGUUGGGAUACUUAUGCAAAUUAGGAAUAGUUUGGCGACUGGCUGUACUUGAAAUCGGCGUUUGUUUUGUAAACGGUAUCUGGGGUAAAAACAGAAUCAAUUCGUUGAGGCGUGAGAUCUGAAUCUCAUCCAGCCAAUAUGCAGUAUUACAUUAAAUAUUAAUAACAAGCAAUUUGGAAAGGGGAUGAUUAUUUUUGAGAAGGGAGUGGACGUAUAGAUAAUUACGAUGAACGAGAAAAACACGUAAUAUAUAACAAUACCAAGUACACGAAAUAAAUCCAUUACUUUCUAAUUGCGGUAUCGAAUCAGGAUACAGGAAGUAAGUUUCAAGACCAGGGCUUACUAUUGAAAACGAGGUUGAAAAUAAAGUCAGUCCUGGGGACGAGGAGGAAUACAUUGGGAAAGCAUCUCUACAAGAAUAAUGUAGAAUGAUUCAGAUCAAUCAUACAAGAACGCAGAUUUAAGAAACUGUGCAGUCAUUAUUAUACAAACUAGAAAAUUGUUGGUUUUUAAAAAAAAAACGUCUGGUCAUUUUUUGGGUGAACGAUUGCUAUGGGUCUUUUUUAAGGUAUUAAUGGAAAUUGUUUAACAUCAAAUGACGAAUCACGUCUAAGAAUCUGAAUGGAGUACGCAGGUAGGAAUUAGUCACGUAUUCAUUUCUGAAGAAAAAAAAUAUUGUCUCAAAGACAGGCAUCAAAAUGCAAUGUAAGACUACAAACAUAAUGUAUAGCAAAUAGAGCAUGUUUAAUCAGCAUUUUCUGGUUUACACUGUUCAUUUAAAUAAAAGAAUUGAAAAGUUGAACAAAGAAAUUGACUGUAGCGGGGUUUGAACCUGCGACCUCAGGAUAACCGUUCCGGUGCUCUACCAACUGAGCUAUCCACCCCUAUGUUGGGGGUUCCCCAAUUAGUCAACAUCUUUGUUCAAGGGGCGGUAGUAAAGAUAUAAAUAAAUAAAAGAAAUAUUAAACAGAUAUUUGAGACAUAUUUCAUGAA